AUGAUUUACUUGCACUGCGGACUGCACGUUCUCGAGCAAAAUUUCUCUCCCAUUCACUUUUUGGUUGCAGCGGGGGUCUUGGCGAUGUUUCACAACAGUAAAACAUUUGGAUUUGAACAAGAGACAGGUAAGCCAGCCUCUUGAAAGUCAAUGAAUCAUUCCUCUGACAUACUUUUAUUUUAAAUCGUUUUGUGGAAUAGUUCAGCUAUGCUGGCAUUUUAAAAUGUCAGUUACAGUAACAAGGGGACCUCUGCAGCCCAUUGUACUCAGGCAACUGAUCUGCCCUACGGAGCCUUUACUCACACAAACAUAGCCUAGCGAUGUGACUGAUCUACUUAGUCACACAAACGCAUCCUAACGAUGUGACUGACGCAGCCUUUACACAAACAGCCUAGUGAUGUGACUGAUAUAUGCAAGCAGUUCACUUGGGAAAUAUUGACACUUAUGUUUUUUCACCCUUUUGCCGAAAUCCCAUGAGAAUAUGACUCAAAACAGACGUGAUGUUCCCAGGCUAUACCUCUAUUUCCAGCUUGUAUGAGACCAGCUACAGUAUUUCAGAGGGGGGUUUUCCCCCCAGAGAGAUCGGUCAUUGAACCGCCUCUAGCGCUUCAGGCCAUGCUUAAAAUUCUAGUAGCCUAGCUGUAGUUUGCUACCCCAAACUUUUACUUGGGUCAUGCCUGAUGAUGUCAUAAGCACGCUCAUGUUUACCUACUGUAUCUGUACCUCACAGAGAUAGUCACAUUCCACUAGUCAAUGUAAACUGUUAUGCAAACAACAUGAGUGAAUGGCAUGAGGAUUAAUUGUGUUCAGUUCUUUAAAUAAUAUGCUCCCAUUAGUCCAAUAACUCAAGCUGUGGUAUCUUAAAGAUACCAGAUACAGUAGUCAACCUAAAGUUGGCCUCUGAGCUGGUGUCUUGGUGUGAACAAUUAAUACAAAUUAAACAUUUCCGAAAGCUUUAAUGUGCAAGAUACCAAUGCUGCGUUUACUUUAGAACUUACUUUUGAACAAGUAUGCCAGUUGCAUGUGUCUCUCUCUCUCUCCUUCAUCUCUCUCUCUCCUUCAUCUCUCUCUCUCUCUCUCCUUCAUCUCUCUCUCCCCCAUCUCUCUCUCUCUCCAAUCUCUCUCCUUCAUCUCUCUCUCUCUCUCUCUCUCUCUCUCUCUCUCUCUCUCUCCCUCUCUCCUUCAUCUCUCUCUCUCCCCCAUCUCUCUCCAUCUCUCUCUCUCCUUCAUCUCUCUCUCUCCCCCAUCUCUCUCCCCUUGGUCUUCCUGUGUUGUGUAGCAGCCUUAGUGAACAAGGGAAAGGCCUUCCAUGAGCAGUCUAGAUAUACCCUUGGGCUGUUUGACACUCUACCGUCCAUACAAAUCAACCUUAGUGGGUUUGCUCUGGAGAACCAAGGCUAAGUGUAAUCGGUUUGCGAGGCGAUGGACUGGCACAGGGGAGAUAGCUUGGUACUGCAGCAGUGGCAUUUGGGAUGGCACCUGACAGUACUGGUGGGCACCGUCCUCUAUCAAAGGAUUCAACGGUCUCAGGGUUGGCAUAACACAUUCCCUGUGAGAGCGUCUCUGAACACCCCAAUCAAAGAACCCAAACACUACCCUUCACCUCCUAUAUACCUCCACCGCGUCUCGUCCAUUCAAAUCAGCUACCUGGAUCCUCCUGUGAGACUGGUCUGACUUUUUAAAGUGAAACUAGUUCUGAAUUACUUUUGAAUGUUAGGCAGAAAUAAAGAUGGCUUAUGGAUUUUUCUAUUACGUCUGUGUUUUGUUUUCUAGGAAGGAUUAUUGCCGAUCAUGUUUCUAUUCUCCUUUGUGAGGAAUACAUUUGUCACGGUCAUCGCUUUUCAAUUAAAGAGAUUAUAAAGUUAUGAUAAAAAGUGGAUAUUCCUGAAGAUGGUAGUAUAGAGAGAUAUAAUAUUACCAUGAAGAUUCAGUCAGACAUGGAAAACCAAUGCUUUGAUGAAGCCACUCUUCCACCAUUCAUUUAUCUUAAUAGUUAAUAGUGAGUUUAUCUACAAAAUCCUGGAAAAUGUGAUUGCCUCAAACGUUUAGCCUAAGUACUAUGUAACAAUGUGUACCUACACUGUAACUGCCUAUGUAACUACUACCAUGUGAAUACAUAGGUAUGACCAGCGACACUUAUGGUAAAGUGGGACCCUCUUUAAUAAGCCCGUUAUAAAUCAUGGGAGAGGAACCGGAGCCAGGGUGAACUGUCCCUCUUCUCAUGCACUAUUUAAACUGUCCUACAUCAAGGCUGACAUGACCCUGGACUGGAGCACUAGUUGGGGACAGUGACGUGUGAUCCGAUAUGACAGAUCGUGUGCAAGUGGUUUAAUGGUCUCUGACAUAUUAGGCUAACGUUAAUGUCUUCGUGAUGAACCCAUCUGUCUCAUUUCUCACCUCAUUUCAUAUGGGCUGUCAGUUCCUGUUAGUAUGCAAAGGGUUUUGACUCUGUUUCAAUAUGCAUACCACUACUAGCAUAUUACUAGCAUACUACUACUAGCAUAUUACUAGCAUACUACUACUAGCAUGCCACUAGCAAACUAUUAAAGUGCUGUGUGGUGCAUGCUGGUAUUAAAAUUCAUACCAUUCCUUGAACGGUGCGUGUGUGUGUUUUAAUUGAGGGCCUUAAGCCUCAUCUGCUCCUUGAAGGUGGCACAGCGGGCCAGCACGCCGCUCGGAUCACCGUGACGAUGCCCCCCUGCCAGGAUCCGGGUGUAGCAUAGGAGAGUACAGCAGACUGAUCGUCACUCCAUUCAGCCUCUAUAGUAACCUGAAGCCCUAGUUAAUUAACGCCCGUUGUGAAACCUCAUCCACGACUCCACAUGACUAUUGCCUGCCAUUGGUGGAUACAUACUGGGUCACAUGCUCAUCCCCAAGUAAAAAAUACAUACUGUAGCCAUAUCCAACCCCUGUUAAAAUGAUGGAUAGUGUAUGUGUGCCUUGUGCAGAUGGAACUGUUUACAGCUUGCCCAGUUUGUUUACAACCUUGCAGUCAAUUAGUAGACAGCAUGUUUUUAUUUCCUCUCCCAACCAGAGAGCUUUCUACAGGGGCUUCCGCAAUACCAAGUCGUUCACCCCUACCAAGUGGACGCCAAAGGUCACUUCCUGUCCAACUUUGUGUCCCACCGCGUCAGCCGGGUACAGAGGCGGGAAACCCAGGGGGAACCAGGAAGUCUUGCACGGGUGUUCUACCAGUUGCAGCACGGUGGCCGCAAUCUGCACUUCAACCUCACCCUCAACCCACAUCUGCUGGCUCCUGGCUUCCUGACCGAGAGGAGGUACGGUGGCCUGGAGGGGGCCAAAAUACACAGCCAUGGCCCCUCGCUGUGCCACUUUAUCGGGGAGGUGUGGGACCAGGCAACUAUGAAGGGGAGGGCGGCUAUAAGUACCUGUGAUGGCCUGGUGAGUGAGAGAGACCAUCACUGCUAACUUACUGAGAUAUCUGUUUUUCCUUUCACUGCCUGAAGGGUAAUGCAAAACAUCAAACUUUUUACUUCUGGAACUUAUCUGUCCCCAGGGUAACAAGUCGAAGUAGAAACACAAUUGACCCAAAACAAAAAUGAUCAAUGCAAAUGACUGGGCCUAGGCCGUUCCUUUUCUGCUUUGGUUCUGUGCAUGAGACUGGAUAAAAGUGUUAAAUGGCAUACAUUAUUAUAUUAUCAUUAUACAAAAUCAAAGAUGUAUUACAUUUAGGUGAAAUGUAAAAUGAGGGUUCAUUGGAGGUUUUCUUGUGUGUUUUAUUCCUCAAGCUCUGACAAAAAUAUGCUUUGCAAUAAGCAGUAAGUACUACUGCAGAAUGUAGUAUGUAACACUGGCUUGAGCCUAGUCUGACCUUACCUUGUUUCAAUCUUUAAACGCACGUCUGAACAGAUGAUGUUUAUGUAUUUUUAAAAGAAAAACAGUUUUCUCUGAAGUCACUACGUGCUGUUGGCCUCAUUCCUGCCCUGUUAGUAUAGUUAUAUUAUUAGAUUGCACCAUCCAUGGAAAAAAUCACUGGCUGGUUGCUGAAAUAACCUGUGAGCUGUGCUUGAGAGGAUGCGUUUGAUAUAUCACAUCACAAGUGUUAGAGCGCUUUUCAUCUAAAAGCAGGCUGGAUGUCAUCGAUGACGCAGGUGUGUGUGUGCAAAACAUCAUCAUGCAGCCAUGAACAGGUCAAGCGAUGGAGCACGUGUUAAUAAGUGCUUAUGCAUGAUCCAUUUACAUCUCAUUGUCUUAAUUAUCCCAUCUCUCCUCUGUUACCGCUGUCCACAUCCCAUCUCUCCUCUGUGUUCUCUGUCACAUCCCAUCGCUCCUCUGUGUUCGCUGCCACGUCCCAUCUCUCCUCUGUUACCGCUGUCCACAUCUCAUCUCUCCUCUGUGACCGCUGUCACAUCUCAUCUCUCCUCUGUGACCGCUGUCCACAUCUGCUGGUUAGCAACUGGUUGGCAACAUGACCGUAGCACCCAAGAGAGCAAUGUCAAAAUCUCAUGCAUUCUUGACAUAUGGUCGUCCGUCCGUCUCCCCGUCCCCCCCCUCUGUAGUUUGGUGCUGUAGCCAUCUGUUGUUAUCUUUGUAAAACAGUAGAAAACGUUUUUGCAAAAAAGUUUGGGGAUUCAUGGUUGCAUUGAUUGGAUUCAAAAUCUCUGCAAAGUAAGUUUCCAGCUGGUCUUGCUGUAAUAAAUGUUUCACAAUGCCAAAGUCACAUUACACGCUUUAGGACAUUUCUGAUGAAACUGCAGUAGGAAACCACGAGCCCUAUCCAACAAUAUCAUACCAUACCAUAAUAAUGGCAGACGCAAAUGGAAUGGCAUCAAACACCUGGAAACCAUGCGUUUGAUAUAUUUUAUACCGUUCAACUGAUUCCGCUCCAGUCAUUACCACGAGCCCGUCCUCCCCAAUUAAGGUGCCACCAACCUCCUGUGGAUCAUACUGUUACAUUAUUACUGAAUUCCUUUCUCCCUACAGGUCCUAUCCAACAAUAUCAUACUGUUACAUUAUUACUGAAUUCCUUUCUCCCUACAGGUCCUAUCCAACAAUAUCAUACUGUUACAUUAUUACUGAAUUCCUUUCUCCCUACAAGUCCUAUCCAACAAUAUCAUACUGUUACAUUAUUACUGAAUUCCUUUCUCCCUACAAGUCCUAUCCAACAUAUCAAUAUCAUACUGUUUACAUUAUUACUGAAUUCCUUUCUCCCUACAGGUCCUAUCCAACAAUAUCAUACUGUUACAUUAUUACUGAAUUCCUUUCUCCCUACAAGUCCUAUCCAACAAUAUCAUACUGUUACAUUAUUACUGAAUUCCUUUCUCCCUACAAGUCCUAUCCAACAAUAUCAUACUGUUACAUUAUUACUGAAUUCCUUUCUCCCUACAAGUCCUAUCCAACAAUAUCAUACUGUUACAUUAUUACUGAAUUCCUUUCUCCCUACAAGUCCUAUCCAACAAUAUCAUACUGUUACAUUAUUACUGAAUUCCUUUCUCCCUACAAGUCCUAUCCAACAAUAUCAUACUGUUUACAUUAUUACUGAAUUCCUUUCUCCCUACAGGUCCUAUCCAACAAUAUCAUACUGUUUACAUUAUUACUGAAUUCCUUUCUCCCUACAGGUCCUAUCCAACAAUAUCAUACUGUUUACAUUUAUGAAUCCUUUCUCCCUACAGGUCCUAUCACAAUAUCAUACUGUUACAUUAUUACUUUUUCUCCCUACAGGUCCUAUCCAACAAUAUCAAUGUUUACAUUUUUAAAUCCUUCUCCACAGGUCUACCAACAAAUCUACUGUUUACAUAUUACGAUUCCUUUCUCCCUACAGUCCUAUCCAACAAUUCAUAUGUUACAUUAUUAGAAUUCCUUUCCCUACAGUCCACCCAACAAUAUCAUACUGUUUACAUAUACUGAAUCUUUCUCCACAAGUCCUAUCCAAAAAUAUCAUAUUUUCAUUACUGAUUCCUUUCCUACAUCUAUCAACAAUACUACGUUACAUUAUACUAAUCCUUUCUCCCUACAAGUCCUAUCCAACAAUAUCAUACUGUUUACAUUAUUACUGAAUUCCUUUCUCCCUACAGGUCCUAUCCAACAAUAUUAUACUGUUACAUUAUUACUCUAUUCCUUUCUCCCUUUCUAAUAAUAUAUCUUUCCAUGUCAGCCUUUUUCUAUUUGUUUUAGAAAUUCAAACUUUUGCAUACAAACAGUCAAAUUUGUGAUACUUCUAAGUGACUGUAAAUGCUUGUAGGCCCCACAAUAAGGGACUUUCCUAAAUAUGGCCAAUGGGGAAACUUUCUCAGAGUAUCCUCUUAAAUGUCCAUGUUCUUCAACAGUCAAUUAUCAGUUGAAUCCAAUGUAUAUACUGUAUAGUGAAUCUGUCCUUUAAACUCCUCUUCGAACCCGGAGGAGGGGAACAUACUGGACUGGAAAUGUUGUUUAUUUUAAAAUGAUAGCAAUUGGAUAUAUUGACGAGCGAUCGACCAGCUCCAGGCCCACGGCAUUUCAUUUGGCACAACCCCACAUCUCGCUCUAAGUUCCACAGCUACGGCUGAGCCAGAACCCCAGAGGCCAGAAUGCUGGGUUGAAGACGGUCAUAAAUCUAAACGAUUGUUGCAGAGCAUUCUGAUUUAGCCACUACAGUUAUGACUCCAUUUCAGUUGGUGGGUUUUCUCCCAUAUGUUCUUGUUUUGCUCCCAGAGUGAAGGGAAAAUAAUCGCAUGAUAAAUCACAAGAUAACUCGCGUUUAUGUAAUACUAUAACCUAAUGGCACAUUUUCAUGAGGCUGAAUGCAUUUAUUUCUCUCUGAAGCAAUUUUGACCCAUCUCCCACCCAGUAGAAUGUGCUAGCUGUAUUCUUCCAUAUCAAAGCAUUUGUGAUCCCUUGUUCUCCCAGUAAAAUGUGCUAACUGUAUUCUUCCCCCAUCAAAGCAGUUGUGAUCCCUUGUUUCCCAGUAUUUAAUUUUGGGUAACUGUAUUCUUAAAAUCAAACAUUUUUGAUCCCUUGUUCUCCCAGUAAAAUGUGCUAGCUGUAUUCUUAAAAAUAUCAAAGCAGUUGUGAUCCCUUGUUCUCCCAGUAUAAUGUGCUAGCUGUAUUCUUAAAAAUAUCAAAGCAGUUGUGAUCCCUUGUUCUCCCAGUAUAAUGUGCUAGCUGUAUUCUUCCAUAUCAAAGCAGUUGUGAUCCCUUGUUCUCCCAGUAAAAUGUGCUAACUGUAUUCUUCCAUAUCAAAGCAGUUGUGAUCCCUUGUUCUCCCAGUAUAAUGUGCUAGCUGUAUUCUUCCAUAUCAAAGCAGUUGUGAUCCCUUGUUCUCCCAGGAUAAUGUUUUUACUGUGUUUUUCCCCUCUUGCUUAGGACAAUUAAAAAAUAUAUAUUAAUAAAGCAAUUCUGACCCCCUUUCUCCCUGUACAAUAGGACCACUAUAUUUCUCAUAAUACAUUUUGACCUCUCAUAGAAUGUCCUUGUUUUAUGACUUUUUUUUAAUAUUAAUAAACCAUAUUUUUCUCAUAACAAAAGCAAUACUGACCUACCUCCCUCUCUGUAGACAGGGCUGUUCAAGCUGUCCCAGGAGGAGUUCUUUAUCCGGCCAUUGGAGCGGUCUAGUGAUGAGUCGACGGCACCACAAGUCCACAUUAUCUACAAGCGCCACACCUCCCCCACCCAAAGCCAGUUGGUACAGCCCAUCUCUGGAGACCAAACCACCAACAGUACCUGUGGGGUCAAAGGUGAAGCAUCCCGUCUUGACUUGGCAUCACACACUCCAAUAUAGAGGCGAGAGCCCUUAGAGGAUGAGGCUAUUCCAAUACUUUCAAGAUGCACCCUUCCUUACCUUCCUUGAAGUAAUAACCAAUUGGACAAAACAAGGAUCCCACUUCUGACACCAACUGAUUUAUGUGUCAGAUCCAACCUAACCCAUCCAGAUGGUGACCGGUCAGUGAUGCUUCAUGGAAGGGAGGAUGUAUUUUCUAAGUAUUCAAACGGGGCAGAGUACUGGAUCUAUCACACAAACGCACGUACAGUACACACACACACACACUCUCUAGAGGUGGAGGAAGACAGCCUGGGAAUAAUUGGGCUGGUAAUAGGGCCUGUUUGAAAUACCAGGAGCCUUAAUUAAGCCCUGAAACACAUUGCAGGAUGAAAUAUCAGAGAGGCAGUAUUAUGUAAAUAUGCCAUUAGGAAUUCAUUGCAGGCCCCGGGACUUGAACUAUUUUGAAAAUAACUCUCUCGUACUCACUUGAACGUGCACUUCACUGGAGUAUUGGUUGACUUCACCCACAGGGAAUAGGUCAAGAGAAUUGAUGGAAUAUCCUGCAGAUGGCUGGGGGUGCUAGAGAGAACCAGGAAGGAUCAGCUGGCUUAGCAGGAAUUUUAGGAGCGACUGCUUCAACCAAACUUCUUUCUCAAGCAUGCAUUAAAUCCCCACUGCCUCUCUCACAGGGUUAAGUGUGCGUAACGCUCACUUGAAUUCCCUCAAGACAUUUAGAAAAGACUAAAGUUGCACUGUUGUACUGUCUACACAGCCUGUUUCUUUAUAUAGCCCUUGUGAUUUUCAUCACAAUGCAUCAGUGUGUACUGUAUAAGUUCUAACUCUAUUGCCACACAUAUGAUGUGCAGUUUUGGACAAAUACAUUUGACUAUAGUUGGUGUAACUGAGCUAAUAAAACACAUACAAAAUGUACAUAAACAUCCCUUACAAGUAUAUGGUGUAACAAAGUUCAAACCAAUCAAGGAUAAGACAAAAAAAGUCUGCCUUAUUCCAUUGUAGUUUAAAACACAAUACUAAAGCUGAAGCUCUGCAACCACACUAUUUGUCACGGCUCCGCCCUCAGAUCCAGCUGCGUCGUUGGAGCGUGUGGAGAGGCAACGGGAGCGCUGGGAGAGACGCCAGCGGAGGAAGAGGAGGAUACGCCAGCGUUCCAUCAGCAGGGAGAAGUGGGUGGAAACGCUGGUGGUGGCCGAUUCCAAGAUGGUGGAGUACCACGGGACCAAGGGCGUGGAGAGCUACGUACUGGCUGUCAUGAACAUCGUAAGUGUCUGGUAGCCCUCUCUGUCUGUCUCACUGGGUUUUAUUUUGGUAGGAGUUGGUUGGUGGAUGUGGUCAGCAACACCAAAGCUGUGGGUUUGAUUCCCACUAUUACCAAAUAUGGGCUAGGGUGCUGUGUGUUAGCUGGAAGUAGCCUUUGGUCUGCUGAAAUUCCCUUUUUUUAUUUUCAGUGCAAACUUCUUGACCCUACUCUAAUACUGUCCCACUAACUUGGUUAUAGUUCAAGGGAAUUAAGCGUCAUAAAACUUGAUUUACGCAAUAGCUUCUUUGGUUAGGCAGGCUGCAGCCUUGACAGUCAUUCUGUUGUCACUGUAUGUACUGUAGGUUAUGUAACAUCCAUGUCAAUAUCAUCCAAAACAUCCCAGCUUGGCUGGCUCAAUACCUAUGCUAGAUGCUUCCAUGUGUUCCACCCUCAUCUCAUCUCUGUUCUGUUAGUAUUGUGACAUCAUGUUUUGUUUUAUCGCUCCCUCCCCAUGUACUGUAGCCUCAUCCCUCUGUUUUAUCGCUCCCUCCCCAUGUACUGUAGCCUCAUCCCUCUGUUUUAUCUCUCCCUCCCCAUGUACUGUAGCCUAAUCCCUCUGUUUUAUCUCUCCCUCCCCAUGUACUGUAGCCUCAUCCCUCUGUUUUAUCUCUCCCUCCCCAUGUACUGUAGCUUCAUCCCUCUGUUUUAUCGCUCCCUCUCCAUGUACUGUAGCCUCAUCCCUCUGUUUUAUCUCUCCCUCCCAUGUACUGUAGCCUCAUCCCUCUGUUUUAUCGUCUCCCUCCCCAUGUACUGUAGCCUCAUCCCUCUGGUUUUAUCGCUCCCUCCCCAUGUACUGUAGCCUCCUCCCUCUGUUUAUCUCUCCCUCCCCCAUGUACUGUAGCCUCAUCCCUCUGUUUUAUCUCUCCCUCCCCAUGUACUGUAGCCUCAUCCCUCUGUUUUAUCGCUCCCUCCCCAUGUACUGUAGCCUAAUCCCUCUGUUUUAUCUCUCCCUCCCCAUGUACUGUAGCCUCAUCCCUCUGUUUUAUCUCUCCCUCCCCAUGUACUGUAGCCUCAUCCCUCUGUUUUAUCUCUCCCUCCCCAUGUACUGUAGCCUCAUCCCUCUGUUUUAUCUCUCCCUCCCCAUGUACUGUAGCCUCAUCCCUCUGUUUUAUCUCUCCCUCCCCAUGUACUGUAGCCUCAUCCCUCUGUUUUAUCGCUCCCUCCCCAUGUACUGUAGCCUCAUCCCUCUGUUUUAUCGCUCCCUCCCCCAUGUACUGUAGCCUCAUCCCUCUGUUUUAUCGCUCCCUCCCCAUGUACUGUAGCCUCAUCCCUCUGUUUUAUCUCUCUCUUUUUCCAAAUGACUACAACUUCCUGUGAACUGACCCUUGGUUUUUAGCACUUCCUGGACGGAGGCCAGACCAAGUAAUCUGACCUCGUCCUCGCUCUAUUGCUGUUGAGCGCAUUAGGAAACUUUGAGCGCAUUAGGAAAGGUUUGGUCCGGCUGCAGCUGCCAAGGAGGGCAAGCACAGGACGGCGUAUGAGGAAAGGGGAUUUCAAUGACAGAGAGCUCCCCUGGCUUCACCGGAUCUGGCGGACAAUAAGAAGGACAGGAAACACACAUUAUCCUCCGCAUCCUCUCAGGUGUCUUGUUUUUCAGUCUUGCAAACCUCUGCUUUGAACUCCACAGCCUCUUGUUAUUGUGUCAACGGGAACUGAAGCGAUCGUACAGUGAGUGAAGGGCAAUUCCAUGAUAAUGGAAUUACACUGAGACUCCGAUUUUAUUUUCUCUUUAAAAUGUACACCAAAUAAAAACCAUUUGAUUUUCAAAGUUUAAAAAAAACAUGGAACUCUAUGCUGCGCAAUCACUACUUUUAACAAUUUCCACUAAACAUUUUACAAAAACACAUUGACAGUGUCACGGUUUCGGCCGAGGCUGCUCCUCCUCCUGGUUCGGGCAGGCUUCGGCGGUCGUCGUCCCCGGAGUACUAGCUGCCACCGAUCUAUGUUUCAUGUUCGUUUGGUUUUGUCUGGAUGUUGUACACCUGUGUCUUGUUAGUCCUCGUUAGUGUCCUAUUUAGUUCUUGUUGUGUGUGAUUGCGCUUCUGUUUCGUGUUUGGAGCUACAUUUUCCCUCCAGUGUUUUGGAGAGGUUAUUUUGCAAAUGUUUGUGCGCCGUUUGUUUUGUCGCCUGUGUGCGCCGUGUAUUCGCCUUCGGGCUUAUUGUGCUUCUGUCUUCGAUAUAUAUUGCACUAAAGCCUUUGGACUGAGCCUCUGCGUCCUGCGCAUGAUUCAUACACCACACCCACCUUCAGCACGCCUUGACAGAAUCACACACCAUAAUGGAAUCAGCAGGAUCGGCAGUGACACCUGUGUCGCUCGAGGAGCAUCUCCGUGGGCAAGAGGGCCAGAUAAGACAACUGGAGACCGCUCUACAGGAGGUAAUCAACACCUUGCACCGAUGGGAGGCCAGCAGGGUACCCACACCUCCACCUACCCUGCCCACCCCAUCGGUCGGUCCACCAGUCCCAGGUUCGGAACCCAGGGGGAUUCGGCUCUCGCUCCCGAGGGCGUAUGACGGAACAGCUGCCGGGUGUCAGGGGUUCCUCCUGCAGGUGGAGCUCUACCUGGCCACUGUACACCCGGUGCCCUCGGGAUACGAGAGCGUUUCCGCCCUCAUCUCCUGUCUCACGGGCAAGGCGUUGGAGUGGGCAAACGCCGAGUGGAGGAAGAUGGACGCCAACACCAUCACCUACGCCGAGUUCUCCCGCCGCUUCAAGGCCGUGUUCGACCAUCCACCUGAGGGCAAAGCGGCGGGGGAGCGUCUAGUCCAUUUGAGACAGGGGAAGAGGAGCGCUCAGGUGUUCGCUCUAGAGUACCGGACUCUAGCGGCGGAUGCAGGGCGGAAUGAACGGGCUCUCAUCGACCAUUUUCGAUGUAGCCUACGAGAGGACGUUCAACGUGAGUUGGCCUGCAGGGAUACCCAUCUUACCUUCGACCAGUUGGUCGAUAUGUCCAUCCGUCUGGACACCCUGCUGGCCACCCGUGGACGUCCCGACGGGAGUCCGUCCAUUCCGCUCUCCGGCACCUCCGAGCCGAGCCCUAUGGAGCUCGGGGGUGCCGGCGCUAGAAAACGGAGGAGGAGGAGGAGCCCGAGGGGGCCUGUCUCCUGCACCAAGUGCGGUCGUGGAGGGCACACUGCGGCCAGGUGCUGGGGAGGGUUCUCCGGGGGAGAAGACAACAGGCCACGCACUGGGGGGGCCUCCCAGGUGAGUAGACGUCCCACUUACCCAGAGCUUUCUGUUGCGCACUUUUGUAUACCUGUUUGUUUUCCACAGGUUGCACCUCAUUCCCAGCAUAAGGCGCUAGUAGAUUCAGGCGCAGCUGGGAAUUUUGUUGAUCGAAAGUUUUGUUUUGAGUUAGGGAUCCCUCUCCUACCUGUUGACAAACCUUUUCCCGUUCAUGCCUUAGAUAGCCGCCCGUUGGGGUCGGGGUUGAUCAGGGAGAUCACAGCGCCACUUCGGAUGUGUGCGCAGGGGGGUCAUGAGGAGACUAUACAGCUGUAUCUGAUCGACUCUCCUGCGUACCCAGUGGUGCUGGGGAUUCCCUGGUUAAGCACCCAUAACCCUGCUAUUUCGUGGCAACAGAGGGCUCUCGAUGGGUGGUCUGCUCAGUGCGAGGGGCGAUGUCUGGGUGUUUCCGUGGGGGCGACUUCGGUGGAAAGUCCAAACCAAGUGCCCGCACUGCACAUUCCGCCUGAAUAUGGGGAUUUAGCUCUCGUGUUUAGCAAAACUAGGGCGACGCAGCUGCCUCCUCAUAGACAGGGGGAUUGUGCGAUUGAUCUCCAGGCAGGAGCAGCGCUCCCACGGAGCCAUGUGUAUCCUUUGUCUCAAGAGGAGAGAAAAGCUAUGGAGACUUACAUAGCCAAAUCUUUGAGACAGGGAUACAUUCGGCCCUCCACUUCUCCCGCCUCCUCGAGCUUCUUUUUUGUGAAAAAGAAAGAUGGAGGGUUGCGCCCGUGCAUUGAUUACCGUGGUCUCAAUCAGAUUACUGUGAAAUACAGUUAUCCACUCCCUCUGAUUGCGACCAUGACGGAGUCAUUGCAUGGAGCGUGGUUUUUCACAAAACUGGAUCUCAGGAGCGCGUAUAACUUGGUGCGCAUUAGGGAGGGUGACGAAUGGAAGACAGCGUUUAGUACCACGUCAGGUCAUUUCGAAUAUCUCGUCAUGCCAUAUGGGUUGAUGAAUGCUCCAUCAGUCUUCCAAUCCUUCGUAGAUGACAUUUUCAGGGAUAUGCAGGGACAAGGGGUGGUCGUGUAUAUUGAUGACAUUCUGGUGUACUCGUCUACCCGAGCCGAGCAUAUAACCCUGGUGCGUCGUGUAUUGAGGAGGCUGUUGGAGCACGACCUAUAUGUCAAGGCAGAGAAAUGUCUGUUUUUCCAGGAGUCGGUCUCCUUUUUGGGUUAUCGGUUGUCCGCGUCAGGGGUGAGAAUGGAGGUGGAUCGUGUGUCCGCUGUGCGUAAUUGGCAAACCCCAACUACUGUAAAAGAGGUGCAGCAGUUUUUGGGCUUUGCGAAUUACUACCGGAGGUUUAUCCGGGGUUUUGGACAGGUGGCAGCUCCCAUCACGUCCCUUCUGAAGGGGGGUCCGGUGCGCCUGCAGUGGUCAGCCGAUGCGGACAGGGCCUUUAGGAGACUGAAGGACUUGUUUACGUCGGCUCCGGUGCUGGCGCAUCCGGAUCCCGCAUUACCCUUUCAGGUCGAGGUAGACGCGUCUGAGGCUGGUAUAGGGGCCGUUCUCUCUCAACGGUCCGGCACGCCACCUAAACUCCGCCCCUGUGCUUUUUACUCAAAGAAGCUCAGCCCGGCGGAGCGUAACUAUGACGUUGGGGACAGGGAGCUGUUAGCUGUAGUUCAAGCCCUUAAGGUGUGGAGGCAUUGGCUUGAGGGGGCUCAACACCCUUUCCUCAUUUUGACUGACCAUCGGAACCUGGAGUACAUCCGGGCAGCGAGGAGACUGAACCCUCGCCAGGCUCGAUGGAGUAUGUUUCUCACCAGGUUCGUAUUUAAAAUCACGUACAUCCCUGGGUCCCAGAAUGGUAAGGCGGAUGCGCUGUCCCGGCGGUAUAACACUGAGGAGAGGUCCGUUGAGCCCACUCCCAUACUACCGGAGUCUUGCCUUGUGGCACCGGUGGUGUGGGAGGUCGAUGCCGAAAUCGAGCGAGCGUUGCGUACCGACCCCAGCCCUCCACAGUGUCCUGAGGGUCGGAAGUACGUUCCGCUCGAGAUUCGGGAUCGACUCAUUUACUGGGCUCACACGUCACCCUCCUCUGGACAUCCGGGUAUCGGCCGGACGGUGCAUUGCCUUAGCACUAAAUACUGGUGGCCCACUUUGGCUAGGGAUGUGAGGGUUUAUGUCUCCUCCUGCUCGGUGUGUGCCCAGUGUAAGGCGCCCCGACAUCUGCCCAGGGGUAAGUUACAACCCCUGCCCGUUCCACAACGACCAUGGUCCCACCUAUCGGUGGAUUUUGUGACAGACCUUCCCCUCUCUCAGGGGAAUACCACCAUCCUGGUCGUUGUGGACCGGUUCUCGUCUUCUCCCUAUGUCGGGUCUUCCUACUGCCCUACGGACCGCUGAGGCCCUAUUUACCCACGUCUUCCGGCAUUACGGGGUACCCAAGGAUAUAGUGUCUGAUCGAGGCCCCCAGUUUACCUCUCGUGUGUGGAGAGCGUUCAUGGAGCGUUUGGGGGUCUCGGUUAGCCUUACCUCAGGGUACCACCCGGGUACCACCCGGAGAGUAACGGGCAGGUAGAACGUGUCAACCAGGAUGUGGGUAGGUUUCUGAGGUCGUAUUGCCAGGACCGGCCGGAGGAGUGGGCACGGUACAUUCCCUGGGCCGAGAUGGCCCAGAACUCUCUCCGCCACUCCUCUACUAACCUAACCCCUUCCAAUGUGUGUUAGGUUACCAGCCGGUUCUGGCACCUUGGCAGCAGAGCCAGAUCGAGGCCCCUGCGGUGGAUGAUUGGAUGAGGCGCUCGGAAGAGACGUGGAACGCUGCCCACGUCCACCUGCAGCGGGCCGUCCUUCGUCACAAGGCGAGCGCCGAUCUCCACCGCAGUGAGGGGCCGGUGUACGCACCCGGAGAUCGAGUCUGGCUCUCUACCAGGAACCUACCCCUCCGCCUGCCCUGCCGGAAGCUGGGUCGGCGGUUUGUGGGGCCCUUUAAAGUCCUGAGAAGAUUGAACGAGGUGUGUUAUAGGUUACAUCUACCUGUUGAGUAUAAGAAUAUUAACCCCUCGUUCCAUGUGUCUCUUCUCAGGCCGGUGGUAGCUGGUCCACUCCAGGAUAAUGAGAUAGGGGAGACUCCUCCGCCCCCACUGGACAUCGAGGGGGCUCCGGCGUACACCGUUCGGUCCAUCUUGGACUCUAGACGCCGGAUGGGGGGUCUCCAGUAUCUCGUGGAGUGGGAGGGGUACGGCCCGGAGGAGCGGUGCUGGGUGCCGCGGAGGGACAUCCUAGACCCAUCUCUCCUGUCGGAGUUCCACCGGGACCAUCCCGCGCGCCCUGCUCCGCGUCCUCCUGGUCGUCCCCGAGGCCGGGGUCGGCGCACGGCUGGAGCCGCGCGUCAAGGGGGGGGGUACUGUCACGGUUUCGGCCGAGGCUGCUCCUCCUCCUGGUUCGGGCAGGCUUCGGCGGUCGUCGUCCCCGGAGUACUAGCUGCCACCGAUCUAUGUUUCAUGUUCGUUUGGUUUUGUCUGGAUGUUGUACACCUGGGUCUUGUUAGUCCUCGUUAGUGUCCUAUUUAGUUAUUGUUGUGUGUGCUUGUCGUUGUGUGUGAUUGCGCUUCUGUUUCGUGUUUGGAGCUACAUUUUCCCUCCAGUGUUUUGGAGAGGUUAUUUUGCACAUGUUUGUGCGCCGUUUGUUUUGUCGCCGUGUAUUCGCCUUCGGGCUUAUUGUGCUUCUGUCUUCGAUAUAUAUUGCACUAAAGCCUUUGGACUGAGCCUCUGCGUCCUGCGCAUGAUUCAUACACCACACCCACCUUCAGCACGCCUUGACAGACAGUCCUUGUGCAUAGAGUUCUAUGGUUUGUUAAACUGUGAAAAAUCUGAGUCUCGUAAUUCCGUUGCCAUGGAAUUUCCCUGAAGCAAAACAAACAGAUGGCAUUAUCUUCCUCAGGAGACGCAGGAGCUUUCUUUCCAUUGUGUGAGGGCGGCCAUUUUGAAACUCAUUAAAAGGGUGAAGAAAGAUGGUCUUUCGACAGCUCUCGCUUGAUGCUGUCCGUCUAUCUUCUGUGGGAUGCUGUCUUCAAACUACAUUGACAUGCAGGAUGACAAAGAGUAUUUAAAUAUUCCAAAAAGUUAUAAUUGUGUUUUGGGUUAAUAAUUCUCUUUUUCAUAUCAAAUGAAAUGCAGCUAGUGUGAGAGAAAUGUGUCUCGAUGAUGAUCUAAACUACAGGUAUUUUUAUUCUAAGCGUUACAAGGACAGAUAAAUUGGUUGUGUGCGGUUUAACUUCAAAAGGCCUUUCAUGUUGUGAGCCGUUUGGACCAUACCUAGUAUGAUAGACCAGUUUGUUCAUUUGGGUACACGGCAGGGCAGCAGGCACAAAGCCUAUUUGAGUUCCAGUGCAGUGCUAUUUGUUCAGCUAUGCGUUUCAUCUCUUUUAAACUGAAGGCUUUCCCUGCCUUUGGCAGCGGAGAAAGUACUGGGACUCAGGGACAAAUAGCAUUUAUAUGAUGAAAGAGUCCCUUCAUACAUUGUGCUGGUGAUAUGCUGUCUGCAAUGUCACUGUGACAAAGCCCUGCCUGCAGAGUUAGUGCUGUGUGGAAUGCUUUGCACACCAACAAGGGAUGGGAGUGGAUUCCAAUGUGACCAAUGUCAGGAUAUUUUUUUCACACAACAUCCAAACAACGUCAAAAAGUAAACAUCAAUAAAGAAAAUGUACGCUCAUAUUGUUUCCACGGAGGGGAUCCCAAUGUGACCAAUGUCAGGGGAAUUUUUUCAAAUCAUUGGAACUCAGUUCAUAAUAUCAGCUCAGCUCAAAAUUUCCAAGUCAUAUUAUUCAAUAUCCACAUAAGGUUGAGGUUUGAUGAGCCUUUGUAACGUUCACUCUACCAACUUCUGGUCCUAAAGCAGACGAAGUAGGCCUAAUAAUUUGAUACGUUUGACCACCACUGUAUGUAUCGGUAAUGACUCAUUUUCUCAAGCGUGAAAUCCAAAAGCUUUGGUCCGUGACCACAAUGCAUCACUCUGACCAAUGAUGACUCAAUGGAGAAGGUAAAUAUGACUCCGUGUUGUGAACCCUGGAGAGCUACCGUCCUGUAGGUUUUCACUCCAGCCCUAAUCUACCCCACCUGAUUGUAAUAAUUAGCUGGUUGAUUAGCUGAAUCAGGUUAGUUACAACUGGGGUUGGAGUAUAAACCUACAGGACGGUAGCUCUCCAGGAACAGGGUUGGUACCAAUACUGAAGUGUGAUACUUCACGCAGCGUUUCUGGAUAGAUAUAACUUUAGGUAACCACUUGUAGCUGUCACCAACGGCUUCAAGAGUAACCGCGCAAUUCUGUAGAUGGACUACAUCAAGACAGCAGUCCUUCACGCAUCUAUUUUGUAUGUCUACUUCUUCCCGUCAGACAGGUCCAUUAUUUUAAGUUAUCAUCACACCAAAUCAUAACAGGAAAGGUAUUAGCAUUGGGUCCUUGACUUCAAAGCAUAACGAGGACUAAAAGUAACCCUGAAAGAGUUAGGGCUGAUGAACCAGUCUAAAAAUAACCCUGAAAGAGUUAGGGCUGAUGUACCAGUCUAAAAAUAACCCUGAAAGAGUUAGGGCUGAUGUACCAGUCUAAAAGUAACCCUGAAAGAGUUGGGGCUGAUGAACCAGUCUAAAAGCAUAAGUAACCCUGGAAGAGUUAGGGCUGAUUUAAACCAGUCUAAAUGCAUUAGCCAGCACUUGGCUCAAACACAUUAGUAGUCUGCUGCCAUGAGCCUACCUCCUCCUGGAGAAGGGAGACAGUUCUUAGUGAAAAUGAGCUCUCGCUUUCUAUUUACCCAGGCACCCUAGCACCCAGUCAGUGAGCCUCCUGAGCCCCUUCUUAAUGUAGGACUAGACACCAUAAAGCUUGGUGUGUGCGUAUUAAGAUGUGACCUGAAAACGGAGGUGUGUGGGUGGCUGCCUCCCCCAAGAUGUUGCUAAUCAGCCAGGGUGAAAGCUGCUGCUGCUACAGUUGGUUGUUUGUUGUUUCCAGAAAAUCAAAGGAACCCUUAAUUCACUACAACAGCUUGAGAGAUAACAGGGAGCGAGGGAUGGAUGAAAGGAAUGAGAAGAGAGCGGGAAGGUGUGUGUGUGUGUGUAUAGAGAUUUGCCAAAUACCUAAAGAAAAGCAGUAUUAUACCCUCCUGAAAAAGGGAAAUGUGUAAUUCAAAUAACCUGGCCAUCUGUCUCCUGAACUGAAAAGAUGGAAAAUGUUUAGACUGUAAUCUGCCGAAGUGAGAACCGUGGAUGUUGUUUUCUGCAUCACAUUGUUGCUUAGGAGAAAUGUGAGCAAAGUUGUUAUCAAUCAUUCUUUUGUGUUUUCUAGAAACUACGUUUCUGAAUAAUGGAUUUUCCAGACAGACUCAUGUAUAACUAAUCAUCACUGUCUGCUUUGCCAGUGUGGUAGGAAACAUUCCUAAGUAGACAAGAUAGUCCAUUAUUUAUAAUGAUUGUGAUAUACCUCAUAUGAACUGUAUACUGUGGUCUCAAUAAAAUAGAACACAACAGAAUGGUACUGGAUUGACUAUUUGUUGAGAAGGAAAACUUUUUGCCCCAACCCACUGAGUCACGUGCUAAAUCAUGUCCAUUCUGUUUCAGGUGUCAGGGUUGUUUCGUGAUGCCAGCAUUGGAAACCCCAUCAACAUCGUAGUGGUUCGUCUGAUCCUGCUGGAGAAGGAAGAGGUGAUAGAAUCACAAAGCUCUGCACGUUACAAACACUGUUAGCCAAGUCAUUGGAGCUCCGUUUAAAAGUCAGAUUUACUGAAUCAGUGUUGAAAGACUUACAAACGGUUCAGUUGUGACAUCAAAUUACAUUUACAUUACAUUUUAGUAUUUUAGCAGACGCUCUUAUCCAGAGCGACUUACAGUUAGUGAGUGCAUACAUUUUUUUCAUACUGGCCCCCCGUGGGAAACGAACCCACAACCCUGGCGUUGCAAGCGCCAUGCUCUACCAACUGAGCUACACAGGGCCACAAAUGACUGCCAGAUCUUAAUGACAAUGACCCUUAAUCUUAUCCUAAAACAAAACUGCCAGACUGACCACAUCAAGAUAUUUUAAUACCCCCCAAAAAAGUAGCACAGAUAGAUAAUUAUGAAUUGAUUACAAAUCCUAACUCAAGUAGGCUGCAAUAACAGAUUCAAAUGGCUUGAGGCCCAGUGUCAUACCAGGAAAUGGAAUAUGUGACGCACAUUGUGAAGAUGGAACUGCAUGAUGACGCGAAGUUAAGUUGCCUUUCUUGGAGUCGAGACAAAAUUCCACUCUUGUUAAAACUAGUGUGUAUCAUCAUCAUGUCUUGUCGCUUAAAGAAGCAGUUUUGCUCUUGGUAAUUGGUUUAAACUAGUUCCAAUGUCAUUUUCCCUGAACAAUAAAAUAAUAUGAUUAGUUUGUGUAAUGAUGUAAAUUCUGACUACAGGCCUAUUGCACUGCAAAAUUGUAGAGAUAUUCUCCAAUUUACUUUGUUGGUGGAGGGGGUGAUAACAGAGGAGCUCAUUAGCGAGAGAAUGAAAGAGAGAGAUGGAUAGCGCUAGCCCCAUCUGACUCCUCUACGCUACAUUUCCCCCUUCAGCCUUGUCGUCAUCAUAGCCAGGGCCUCAGUUACAUCCUUCAAACAGCAUUUCACAUCAGAACACCAUUAGCCUCUUCUCAUAUUUGUCUCCCAGCGUAGGAAGAAUAAGCCCCUUACGCCCUGAAACAAAUCUCUGAAGCCUUGGUCGCGGUUAGUGGCUAAUGGUAAUAAUGUAGUCUGAGAAAGGGCAUGUAGGGUAAGUUUCCUAACCAUUCCUUAACCGGAUCUUAUCUAACUGUUCUAGGUGUCUCUGUUUUAGUGUCUAUACUAUGAAAAAGGUUGUAGUAGAAAAAAUAAUUUGGGUGCCAGGUUCAAAAGGCAUACAUUUGAAAUAAAGGGAAAAACCUGCAUUCAGUGGAAUAUUCUUAACGUUUUUAUGUAUUUUUUUUUUAAGGAGCAGAGGUCAGAACAAACGGAUACGUUUCGGCGACAACCUUCGUCAAACGCUGACUAAGCCUAUCGCCAAAACACUGAGUGCUGGUUUUUCCAUUUUUCAAAUGUAGUGUCUAGACGUUGACCCAACCAUAUAGUCUAGGUUCCCUUUUCCUAUUGGUCGGCAUAGCUACUAGACUGUCAAUGUUUACAUCCCUGCAGAGGAAAGUAUGUGGUUGGCCAUAAUAUGGCUCUCACUUGGUUGUCACUAUCUCAUCAUGCUUGAAAGUGCACAUUUUGAACCUUAAAUGCAAUUUUAACUCCUAAAGGUAACUCUUCAUCAAGAGCUAAUAGCUCAAAGAUACGACAAUAUGGCCAAUUUGUUCCUUUCUAGAAUGGUUGUCUAGCAGAAACAAUCUCCCAGCAACAUCUUUUAAAUGCCUCUAAAGCAGUGAUGUAGUGGUAAACAAAAUAAUUGGUGGGUAAACUCUCCGGUUGUAAUGCUUCCUAUUCUUUCAAUGCAUUUCUCCACAAAAGGUGUGUACAUUGUGUUUACUGGAACACUGCUAUAAAGGGACCAGACAAACGUCUCACAACCAGAAAACCAGUUUACGUCCAGAAAAUGUCAUUAUGACUUCACAUGCCAUAAGCUACAAAGCUUUUGGAAAGCUCACCCCUGUUCAUGAAGGUAUCUGAUGUGUCAUUGUCUAACGUAACGAUGACAUCCCUGUGGUUGGCAGGGAGACCUGAAGAUCACCCACCACGCGGACAACAGCCUGAGCAGCUUCUGUAAGUGGCAGAAACGGCUCAACAUGAAGGGAGAAGAACACGCGGUCCAUCACGACGUGGCCGUCCUUCUCACCAGGUAACCAGUGACGCAUCCACACACCAGGGCUGAAUUCCAUUUGCAGUCUAUUGGGGAGAGGAUGUACAGUUGAAGUCGGAAGUUUACAUACACCUUAGCCAAAUACAUUUAAACUCAGUUUUUCACAAAUCCUGACAUUUAAUCCUAGUAAAAAUUCCAUGUCUUAGGUCAGUUAGGAUCACCACUUUAUUUUAAGAAUGUGAAAUGUCAGAAUAAUAGUUGAGGGAAUGAUUUAUUUCAGCUUUUAUUUAUUUCAUCACAUUCCCAGUGGGUCAGAAGUUUACAUACACUCAAUUAGUAUUUGGUAGCAUUGCCUUUAAAUUGUUUAACUUGGGUCAAAGCUUCCCACAAUUAGUUGGGUGAAUUUUGGCCCAUUCCUCCUGACAGAGCUGGUGUAACUGAGUUAGGUUUGUAGGCCUCCUUUCUCGCACACGCUUUUUAAGUUCUGCCCACACAUAUUUUAUAGGAUUGGGGUCAGGGCUUUGUGAUGGCCACUCCAAUACCUUGACUUUGUUGUCCUUAAGCCAUUUUGCCACAACUUUGGAAGUAUGCUUGGGGUCAUUGUCCAUUUGGAAGACCCAUUUGUGACCAAGCUUUAACUUCCUGACUAAUGUCUUGAGAUGUUGCUUCAAUAUAUCCACCUAAUUUUCCUUCCUCAUGAUACCAUCUAUUUUGUGAAGUGCACCAGUCCCUCCUGAAGCAAAGCACCCACACAGCAUGAUGCUGCCACCCCCGUGCUUCACGGUUGGGAUAGUGUUCUUCGGCUUGCAAGACACCACCUUUUUCCUCCAAACAUAACAAUGGUCAUUAUGGCCAAACAGUUCUAUUUUUGUUUAAUCAGACCAGAGGACAUUUCUCCAAAAAGUACGAUCUUUGUCCCCAUGUGCAGUUGCAAACCGUAGUCUGGCUUUUUUAUGGCGGUUUUGGAGCAGUGGCUUCUUCCUUGCUGAGCGUUCUUUCAGGUUAUGUCGAUAUAAGACUAGUUUUACUGUCGAUAUAGAUACUUUUGUACCUUUUUCCUCCAGCAUCUUCACAAGGUCCUUUGCUGUUGUUCUGGGAUUGAUUUGCACUUUUCGCACCAAAGUACGUUCAUCUCUAGGAGACAGAACGCGUCUCCUUCCUGAGCAGUAUGAUGGCUGCGUGGUCCCAUGGUGUUUAUACUUGCGUACUAUUGUUUGUACAGAUGAACGUGGUACCUUCAGGCGUUUGGAAAUUGUUUCCAAGGAUGAACCAGACUUGUGGAGGUCUACAAUUCUUUUUCUGAGGUCUUGGCUUUCUUUGGAUUUUCCCAUGAUGUCAAGCAAAGAGGCACUGAGUUUGAAGGUAGGCCUUGAAAUACAUCCACAGGUACACCUCCAAUUGACUCUAAUGAUGAAAAUUAGCCUAUCAGAAGCUUCUAAUGCCAUGACAUCAUUUUCUGGAAUUUUCCAAGCUGUUUAAAGGCCCAGUCAACUUAGUGUAUGUAAACUUCUGACCCACUGGAAUUGUGAAACAGUGAAUUAUAAGUGAAAUAAUCUGUCUGUAAACAAUUGUUAGAAAAAUUACUUGUGUCAUACACAAAGUAGAUGUCCUAACCAACUUGCCAAAACUAUAGUUUGUUAACAAGAAAUAUGUGGUGUGGUUGAAAGAACGAGUUUUAAUGACUCCAACCUAAGUGUAUGUAAACUUCCGACAUCAACUGUAUACUGAACAAAAAUAUAAACGCAACAUGCAACAAUUUAAAAGAGUUUACUGACUUACAGUUCAUAUAAGAAAAUCAGUCAAUUGAAAUAAAUUAAUUAUGCCAUAAUCUAUGGAUUUCACAUGAAUGGGCAGAGGUGCAGCCAUGGGUGGGCCUGGGAGGGUAUAGGCCCACCCACUUGGCAGCCAGGCCCACCCACUGGGGCCAGGCCCACCCACUAAGGGGCUUUAUUACAGACAGAAAUACUCCUCAGCACAACCCCCCAACCCCCUCAGACGAUCCCGCAGGUGAAGAAGCCGGAUGUGGAGGUCCUGGGCUGGCGUGGUUACACGUGGUCUGCGGUUGUGAGGCCGGUUGGAAAUACUGCCAAAUUCUCUAAAAUGACGUUGGUGGCAGCUUGAACAUUAAAUUCUAUGGCAACAGCUCUGGUGGACAUUCCUGCAGUCAGCAUGCCAAUUGCAUGCUCCCUCAACUUGAGACAUCUGUAGCAUUGUGUUGUGUGACAAAACUGCACAUUUUAGAGUGAUCUUUUAUUGUCCCCAGCACAAGGUGCACCUGUGUAAUGAUCAUGCUGUUCAAUCAUCUUCUUGAUAUGCCACACCCGUCAGGUGGAUGCGUUAUCUUGCCAAAGGAGAAAUGCUCACUAACAAGAAUGUAUACAAAUCUGUGCACAAAAUCUGAGAGAAAUAAGCUUUUUGUGCGUAUGGAACAUUUCAGUGAUUUUUUUUUUUCAGCUCAUGAAACAUGGGACCAACACUUUAAAUUUAUAUUUUUGUUCAGUGUACAUUCGAUGCACUCUCCUCUCCUUACUUGUGCUUUCUGAACAGUAGUAGUUAUUGGUGCAGUCCUUGAAGCUGAAGGAAGUGUACCGUCCUCCUUUCAAGCAUUCGAUGUCCUCUUUUUUUUAUUUUCUUUCUAAUUGCCUAACAUUGAUUUCUCCUCACCAUUCUGUCAUGGAGGACAGUCCUUUUCAAACCAUGUAACUGUAACAAAACAGCCUUGAGAUCCUUCGCCUACCUUCCCCUCCCAUUGAUGGCCUGUUAUUAUCCAUUGUGUUUUACCACCCAGAAACUCGUUGUAAUUUCCAUUGUUAAUUGAAUAGACCUUAAUUUCUUCCUCCCUCGCUCCAUCUCUUUCCACUCAAAGCCACUCAUUAAUCCACAACUCUUUUGUUUGACGAACUAGUUCAAUUAGAGGCUUCACCAGAACUUGAAUUUGAGCAGCGCAACAACAAGAAUAUUUGCAGAGAUUUGGUGACCUUUUUCAGAUGGUAGUUGGGAGCUCCUGAGUUGGGCUUUUCUGCAACUGUGUUAAUUAAUUAGCUUUUCCCCUUCAUGUCUUAAAGUAACGAUGAACUGUCGUUUCGUUUUGCUUAUUUGAGCUGCUCUUGCCAUAAUAUGGACUUUGGUCUUUUACCAAAUAGGACUAUCUUCUGUAUACACCCCCUGCCUUGUCACAGCACUGCUGAUUGGCUCAAACGCAGAGACUUAUCCAUCCGGUCAUGCUCUUGAUAGAUGCAGCACAUUAAACAUGUCAAAAGUAGGAAGUGUCACUUUUCUAUCGAAGCCCUCAGUACCGAUGAUGUUAAAGCUCAUUGUUGUGCUCUUUACUGCAAUGUUUCAGUCCUGCUCUCCCUCCCUCUUCCUCCUUUUCCCUCUCCUUCUCUCCCUCUCUCCUCUCCUCCUUUUCCCUCUCCUCUCCCUCCUCCUUCUCUCCCUCCCUCCUCUCCUCCUUUUCCCUCUACUCUCCUCCUCUCCUUCUCUCCCUAUCCUCCUCUCCUCAGAAAGGACAUCUGUGCGGCCAUCAAUAAGCCAUGUGAGACCCUGGGCCUGUCUCAUGUAGCGGGCAUGUGUCAGCCCCACCGCAGCUGCAGCAUCAGUGAGGACACGGGCCUGCCGCUGGCCUUCACCGUCGCCCACGAGCUUGGGCAC